AUGGCGACAAGCAGCUCUGACGGUUCUUAUACGGCCCCAGCUGAUUUCCAAUUAUCAUCCGAACUAGAAGACGUAUCUAGCCGUCUAAGUGUUAAUUUAUUAAAGUGUCCAUUGUGCCAUUACAGUAGACGAAUAUUUUACUGUAGGCAGUGUGUUCAAAAUGGUGACUUUGUACAUUCAACUUCUGUUUACUCUGAACGGUUUGCGGAUAAACAGGUACGGUUGCUACGGCUGAAAGCUGCUAGAGCUCUAUUAGAGGACAAGUGGACCAAAAUAUUUGAAAAGCAUCGUCAGAAAGAUAAACUGGCAUGUGAUAUUAAUACAUGCAAGGAACGAGUGAGAUUACUGCAGAGUCUGAUACAUGAAACAAAGCAAAGUAUAAACAAAGGAAAUGAACGGUUAAACAUCUUGAAAGACGCAAACUCUCAAAUAGUCCAGAGAUUACCCAGACACGAGCACCGAGUUGAAAGAGUCCAUGAAUUUAUCGAUGACCUGAAGACUAAGCAGGAUAAACAGAGGGGAAAUGUUGAUAGGAAGCGUAAAAGAUUAAAGAAAGUUAUAAGAACAGCAGCUAGACAAUUGGUUCAAUAUAUUUUUCCACUGUGUCAGGUUGAACCCGAGCGGAGUUUUUGUAAUAGCGACGAGGAGAAUCCCAAUGCUGAUGUUGUAACAUGCGCAUUAGCUGAUGCAUCAGGUACUUCGUAUGUAAGAGGACGGUGGAUUAGCGACUCUGAAAAUAGUUUGGAGAUGCACCAUCGUAUUGUCGCUCCAACUCUCCCAGGUUCUGGUGACUAUAGUGCUUACUCACUUUGGGUUGCAGCGAGCAAAGAUGGAACACCAGGAGCUAAUAAAGAAAACACAAUGAACAAUCCUGCGUAUAAUAUUAGCGCCGCUCUUACGUAUGCUACGCAGCUAGUCAACGUACUUGCUUACUACAUAAAUGUCCGAUUACCAUACAAACUUAUAUAUGGAGAAUUUUGCGGUAAUGAAAUGUCAGACCAAAAAUUUGCUCGAAAAGUUGCUAGAUUAAAUAGCAAUAUUCUACAUUUAUGCUUCACUCAAAAUACAAAUGUCACGGUAUUACAUCCUAUGCAUACUCUGCAGAAUCUUAUGCACUUGCUCAAUACUGAAAUAAGUGAUCUUGGCAGGAUUGGCCCAAUGGAAGUAGAUCCAAGUAUAGUGGAAAAAUUACACAAUCAAUUGACUUCUGAUCUGGAGAACAGUGACGACUCUGGCUCAGACGAAGAGGAGGAUGCUUUUAAUUGGGAGUGGGAGGCUGUUCCAAAUGUUGCAUGUCCGGAAAUGCAAGUUCCUCAUCCAGGUACGAUGGCUAGCCAACAGUCAUCUAGUAUACAUGUUAAUCAGAGCGUUGCUGGGGGCUUGGUGACAAGUGCAGCUGCUAGUAUCGCAUCUAUUUGGCGAGGAUGGACUACCAAUAGAUAG